UGUACUGGUGGUUAGACAGAUGACAGCUGUAAACAAGCUCCGGUACUUUGAGGAACAGUCAACGGUAAAAGCUCGGUGAGGAAUAACUCAGAGUAGCCGCCACUUUACUAGCCCUACCUAACCAGAUGGUGAGGAGUAAAGCCUUAGCCCGUUGUGGGCUGGUUCUGCUCAGUUUGUGGUUGUGUAUCCAGUCAGUGCCUAUCAGUGUGGACAAGGCCAAACAAAAUCCCAAAGAGGAGGAGCUGGGGCCACCCCAGAGUGCUGACACCGGCCUGCACUAUGACCGCUACCUCAGGGAAGUCAUUGAAUACCUCGAGAAAGACCCCCACUUUAAAGAAAAGCUUAAAAAUGCCAAUAUGGAUGACAUUAAGCAAGGCAAACUUUCCAAAGAGCUGGACUUUGUUCACCACAAUUUUCGGACUAAGCUGGAUGAGCUGAAGAGGGAGGAGAUGAACAGGCUGCGGAUGCUCAUCAAAGCCAAACAUGACAUCCAGGAAGGGAAUGGCCAUACAGUUGACCGCCAGGCCCUACUGAAGCAGUUUGAGCAUCUCAACCACAUGAACCCAGACACCUUUGAGGUCGAGGACCUGGACCGCCUCAUCAAAUCGGCAACCAAAGACCUGGAGAACUACGACAAGGACCGCCAUGAUGAGUUCAAGAGGUACGAGAUAAUGAAGGAACACGAGAGAAGGGAACGCCUGAAGAACUUGAAUGAGGUGGAGCGCAAGAAGGAAGAGCAGCACUAUGAGGAGAUGAAGAAGAAACACGCCGACCAUCCCAAAGUUAACCACCCUGGCAGUGAGGACCAGCUCAAAGAGGUGUGGCAGGAGGCAGACGGUUUGGACCCAGAAGACUUUGAUCCCAAAACUUUCUUCAAAAUGCACGACAGCAAUGGAGACGGCUUCUUCGAUGAGAGUGAGCUUGAGGCUCUUUUCACUAAAGAGCUGGAGAAAGUGUACAACCCUGAAAAUGAAGAGGACGAUAUGGUUGAGAUGGAGGAAGAGAGACUGCGAAUGAGGGAGCAUGUUAUGAACGAGGUGGACACCAACAAAGACAGACUUGUGUCACUGAGCGAGUUCAUGGCAGCCACUAAGAAGGAGGAGUUCUACGAAAAAGAUGAAUGGGAGACUUUAGAUCAGAACCCAUUGUACACUGAUGAAGAGCUCAGAGAGUACGAACAGCAACUGGUCAACGAGGAGAACGACAUCAACAAGAAGUCAGUCGAGUUACAGAAACAGCGGGAGGAACUUGAAAAAAAACAGGAAGAACUUAAUGCUCAGAAGUUAGGGCUAAAGCAGGCAAUGGAAGAAAUGGAAAGAGUUAAAGUUCAAAGCUCUAACAUAAAACAGCCAGGAGUUUCUGUAACUGAGGGUCAACCAGCACCAGUUGUACCAGGAAACAGUCAACCACUGCCCCCUGUUCACCAGCAGCAGGAUGUACCAGUGCCAGGACACUCUUAGCAGGCCCCACCACUCUGUGUGCUGCAUGAGUGAGUGUGUAUGUGUUUUUGUGUUUUAAUGAUUCAAAUUUUAUGUUACUGUUAAGGAUUUUCCAAACAUCUUUUGACAAUGAUAGAUCUAAACAUCAAAGGCACAUAAAAAAAAGUGAUUUCAGGCUAUUGAAUCAGUCCUAGUGCCAGUGAUGCUCUUUUUCUUACUGGCCAAAUUGGCUGAAUGAGCCAGAUUUGAAAUGUGGAUCUGGUCCCGUUUUCUACGUGGACAAUCAACCCUUUUGUUUUUUCUCAUUUGAUCUUUUAUCACAACAAGGACUCUGUUCUCCAUGGGGAGUUCUUCGGGGUGAAAUGGGGAAGGCGGCUGGCCUGAUAACUGAAUGUUUUGUUUUGUGCACACUGUACUUUAUUGUCACUGGUACUGUCUCUUACAGGAAAAACUUUGAAAAUGUAUUUAUUUUUGUGGUAAACAGAGACAAUUCUUUCUGAAAAAAAUGAAUGUGAGAAGAGUAACUUACUUUAGAAGAAAUUAUUCCAGAUUAUAUGAAGAAGUUUUAUACUCACAUUAAAUGCACAUUCCUUCUGUAUCACUUGUAUUUUCUAGCUGUUGUGUGUUUUGGACUAGGUGAUUGUGGAACAGAAUCAACAGAUGAAGUUAGAUAUAUACAUAUAUAUAUUUAAAUCUUUAAUUUUUUAUAAUUGUGUUGUGUUACAGUAAUAACUGUAAAUUCUAAAGUGGUUGUUUGUGUACAGUAUGUGUCGGUGUUUGGAAGUGUCUGUGAAUUUGUGUCACCUUCAAUAUUAGAGAACUUUUAUUUAAUGUCCACAUCACUGUAAACGAGGCAUCAGCAGCUUCGACUUGGCCUCAUCUGUGUCAUUGGAGAUAGGAAACCUGAGUUAAUCUCCACAAAGAAGCGCAGCAUAAAAAACAGACUCUUUAUAUCAGAUUAAUAUAAGAAAUAAAAUUAGAAUAUAAACACAGUUGGAAAAACAACCACCUCUCUGUACCCUGCUGUAUCUGCUUGCUACUCUAAGUUUGUUUACACCCCUUUAAACAAAGAAGUAAAAUCUGUCCAACCAACAUCUAGUAUAACAAAUUCAUGAAAAUGUUGUAGAAAGUUUGAAUGUUGACAAUAAAUUUGAAUGAGCUUGCAA